AUGUCGUCUUCUUCAAUUUUCUCUUCCUCUCUCUCUUCUCUCUUACUAGUUUUUCUCAUAAUCACUCCUUCACUAGCAGACCAGACUAGUCCCAAUGACAUUGUCAACACAGUUUGUUCAAAAGAUUCAAAUCCUGAUUUCUGUUUGAUGGUUCUACCACUUUCUUCUGGUCAGACUCUUGAAGGACUUGCCAAAAUUUUUAUUAAUUUAGUGUAUUCUAAUGCAGUAUACGCCGUUAAUCGGUUAAAUGAAGCAGCGAAAGGCACUAGUGAUCCCCAACUAAAACAAAAAUACUCAUUCUGCAGCAACAACAUAAGCAAUGCCGUUAAAGCGAUUGCGGAGGCUCAAAAGCUUUUGAGUACUUCCGGUAAUUUUUCUGGUUUAGGCAGUGCAGCAACAACUACUACAGCCGAAGCAGAGAAGUGUCUAGCUAUCUUAGAGAAAAUAUUACAUGAUCCAUUGAAUUUAUUGAGAUCUGUUGUGUUCCUUGAACAAUAUGCGGAUACAGUGAAGGUCAUCUCCAUUGAGUUUAUGCAAUAUUUCUCUAAUAUUCCAAUGAAAGAGAGCUAG